UAAAACAUGUAAACAAUUUACAUACAUCAAAGAUAAUAAAAGCAUUCCUUAACUUAAGAUUCUUUGAAGGACAGCAUAUGUUGGACAUGCACAUAGAGGCGAGCCUUUUCCUGCAAGGGUGCGCUGACUUCGGACAUACACGUGAGUAAACUUUACCAUUUUUGUUGCAUCAGGCAAACAUAGACAUUAACGUAAACGAUCAUGUUCUCCAAUUGACAUGAUUAUUUCUGCUCCAUUAUUUGCCUUUUCCGCGAAAAAUGGUUGUAUUUAGUUUUUGUGUUCAGCGACUUAUAAAAUUGUCUGAAUUUCUUGAUUAUACAGAAUUUCUUAUUUUCUCAAUUUCAAUUUGCUUUCAAAGUAUGUUUGUGUAAGGAAAAUGAAAGAAAUAUAUUACCGAAUAUAUUGCCGUUUUGUCCCGUAUUAAGUUAUUGUGUUCAGCGAAUUAUAUAAUUGUCUGAAUUUCUCAUUUGCUCAUUUUCAAUUUGCUUUCAGAAUAUGUUUGUAUAAGGAAAAUGAAAGAAAUAUUUUACCGUAUAUAUUGCCGUUAAGUCUGUCCCGUAUUAAGAUAGUGUAUUCAGCGAAUUAUAUAAUUGUCUGAAUUUCUUAUUUGCUCAAUUUCAAUUUGCUUUCAAAGUAUGUUUGUAAAAGGAAAUUGAACCUGGAGACGCAUACAGAGCGAGGGUUUGCAGGCUCUGUACCGCGAAGACGAGGCGGUUCGACAUUUCUUCGGUAUGCUGGACGGUCUUGCCUUCCUACCAACCCAACUCGUGAACGAAGGCAUGGCGCAUCUUAGGACGCUCGCCCCAGAAGCCCUUAUGUCGGUCGUCGAUUACUUUGACGCCACGUAUGUGACCGGCACAUACCGCACGGUGAUGUCCGAGGGAAAGAUGAGGUUUAGAGCAGUUCCACCGCGUUUCCCGCCAUCUGUUUGGAAUGUGAGCACGGCAACAAUCAACGGCGAUGCCAGGACUAACAACGUGUGCGAGUCUAUGAACUGCGGGUUCCGACAGUUGGUUGGUCACAGUCAUCCGUCGAUGUGGAAAGUGCUCGAGUGCGUCCAGAAGGAUAACGCCAUGGUAAAGGCAGAUGCCCACAUGCACCGAUCUGGACAGUCUGUAACAAGGAAGCGCAAGAAGGCCACCAUCGCUCACCAAUGCCGCCUCAAGAGGCUGUGCGAGAAGCUAGAAAACAAGCAGCUACGUCUACCAAAAUUCCUGGCUUCCAUCGGAAACUGUAUGCGUUUGAUUUAAGAUGCUGGGUUCCUAUAUAUGGUAGUGACAAAUCGACGUUCUGAUUUGCUUUAAGGAAUUUAUGAAAUGUUGUACGUUAAGUGUUGGCUUUACAUUACAAGUAUAAAUUUGCUAGAUUCAUGUUCUUUAUUGAAUUAACAAUUAAUAACAAUGGCUUAGUUAUUUCUAUGUUUUGUCAAAUGUUGAUAAAUACAUGUAUUAGUUGAUAAUAAAAUCAUUUACAGGACUGACA